CAUGUCCAUUUGUUAACAAUGAUUUAAUUAUUGUUUUGAAUUAUAUAUUUGUGUGUGUCUGUGAAUGCUUUGGUAAGUACCCACAGAGGAUAGAGAUAUAACAUGCCUUGAGCAUUAAGUUAUAGGUGUUUGUGACAUGCCUGAUGUGGAUGCUGGGAGUCAAACUCUGAUUCUCUGCAAGAGCAGUAUGCACUUUUAACCACUGUGCUGGCUAAGUUUAUGUCAACUUAACACAGGCUUCAAUCAUCUGAGGGGAAAGAAUUCCAAUUGAGAAAGUACCUACAUAUGGUUGGGCUCUAGGUAAGCCUGUAGAACAUUUUCUUAGUGAUUUAUCAGAGAGGGCACAGCCCAUUGUGGGUCAGGUAGAUGGUUCUAGGCUCUUUAAGAAAGCAGGGUGAGCAAGCCAAGGGGAGCAAGCCAGUAAGCAGCACUCCUCUAUGGCUUCUGCAUCUGCUUGUGCCUCCAGGCUGUGCCCUGUUUGAGUUUCUGUGUGGAAGUGUAAAUCAAAUAAACCCUUUCCUCCCCAAGUUGCUUUGGUAAUGGUAGUUCAUCAGCGUAAUAGUUACCUAAAAUAAGACAAUCAUUGAGCCAUCCUCCUAUCCUGCCUCUCCCCUUUGAAUCAGCCUUUUACUAUAUCACCUUGAUUGACCUGGAACUUGCUAUGUAGUCAGACUGACCCAAACUCUAUUUUCUAAAUGUUGGGUUUAAAAACAUACGCCAUCGUGUCAGCUCUGUGCAAAUUUCUGAAAUCCUGUGACUAUAUGGACAUUGUUUAAAAAUGCAGAAUUAAGGUCCUCUACUUCUGCGGGAUCCUGGCGGGUGGUGGUGACAGAGUGGGUCCCAGGACUAGUGGUGAGCGCACGCAACCAGACCUCUAACUGCUCUUGUGGCAGCCUGCAUGCCAGCAUCCUGGAACCUGGAGCCAUCAAUUUACACUGAAGCCCAAGUCUCCUAGAGUCCAGCUUAUCUAGAGUGCAGAUGCAUUUUGAGGCUAGUGUCUCAGUGACCAUCAAAGAACUGCUGGGAUUGUCUUGGUGAACUUGUGGCUAGCCCAAUGUUCCAUUCCUUGGUCACCAUUGAAGAUCAGUGUACAGAAGAGACAAGAUGUGGUCUAACAGAUCAUAUGAUGAAGGUCCUCAGAAUGCUUCCAGUGGUGAGCCUGGCUUGAGGAAAACAAGAGAUGAUCUUUCUGCAAGCCGACAGCAUGCGUGCAGGGAUAAGAAAGAUGACCAUAGAAGAGAAUGUUCCUCCUCUUCCCAUUAUCCAAAACAACAGUCUCCCCAUAAAGGGGCUUCUUGUUUUUCCAGAAAAUCAGGUGUAGAUCGAAAGACCUCCCCACACAGCAGAUCUAGAUCCAGUGGAAGACGCUCUACAAAACAAAGCAAACUGCAGUCUUCCCAUGGUUCAGAGCUUAGGAAGUCCAAGCAUGCUCAUUCCUCCUACAAAUGGUGCAGUGAAGAAAAGCCAGAAGGAGGUAAAAAGAGGCCUGGCCAGUCUUUGAAAACAUCAAGAGACACAUACCCAAAAAGUUCUUCAGCAGUUCUUUCAUUGGAAAUUUUAAACAAACUCAGAAGGUUUGGUGAAAAGGGACUUCCUAAAGCUGCAGGCAAGCAAGCUGUCAAAAAGCCAGAGAUAGCAGAGGAAAGUGACUUACCUCAAAUUUCUGAGUUUGAAGUUAUGGAGCAAACACAAAAACCCGAGUCAAACAAAACAGAUCACACAGAGUUUAUUGAUGACCAAGUAACCAAUCGCCGUAAAGCAAUAGUGUCAAAAACCAAGGAAAUUGAACAAACCUACUACCAAGACUGUGAGACCUUCAGAAUGGUGGUGAAAAUGCUAGUUGAAAAAGACCCUUUGUUAGAAAGGUCCAUUCAGUUUGCACUUAGGCAGAAUUUACAUGAAAUAAGUGAACGCUGUGUGAAAGAGCUCAGGCAGUUCAUUGCAGAGGAUGACGCUGCUGCUUCCUAAGAACUGGUGCUCUAGCAGAAAGUAUUUCUUGAUUGUCAUUCCAGAAUUGUACAACUACCUCAUAUACGGAAUUUUCGUGAUGAAAUAAAUACUAUCAAGCAUCUGAAAUGGUGAGCUUAAAAGAAUCUUCAGAAAUGUUUCUACCUAUGGAAACUUGUGGUUCAUACACUCACCAGUGCCCAGUUUGUGGCUUAGCCUGCUGAGGAGGCUUAAUUACUUAUGUUCUGUAGCCUUCCAAGUAGACAGAAUCUAUAGCCCAAGUGUACUUUAUGGUUAGAGAUUGACCUUCAUAGUAGAUGGUAGCAUGUAAAA